AUGCACUCCAUCGUCAUCCAGGAGGCCGAUUUUAUUUCGCAAGAGCAUCUCAUCGCUGGCGACAAUCCAAACAAGCUUCCACCCUGGCUUAUAGAAAAUCUCUCGCACCUAUCUUUUAGGCAUUGGCUACCUGUACAAGCCCAUCUGAUACCCAUGAUCAUGGCCAGGAAUAACGAUUUUAUCGUCAAUGCGCCAACGGGCUCUGGAAAAACGUUGACCUAUCUCAUCCCAAUAAUGACGAUGCUUUCUUCGCGCAUUGUUCCGGCACUCCGUGCAUUGAUUAUUGCGCCAACGCGUGAUUUGGCGAUGCAAAUAUACAAAAUUGCGGUUUUGCUUACCAAAGGUUCUGAUUUGAGAACAAUUGUUGUCACUGGCGGAUCAAAUUCGUCAUCAAAGUUCUGCGAAGAGCAGAGAGCAAUUUCGUAUGGUGGCGAUGAUGGAAAAAUGGGGCCGGAUUCGCUUUUCCAGCCCGUUGACAUCCUUAUCUCGACCCCAGGACGACUGGUGGAUCAUCUCAAUGUGACGCCUGGAUUCCAUCUUUCUAACUUGCAAUUCCUUAUUCUGGAUGAAGUUGAUCGCAUUGUAGAUGGCAUCCAGUUCCAAGAUUGGAUCAAUCCCGUUCUAAACUCCAUGUCUGAUUGCCAAAAGCGAUGGAAGCCGCAUGCCGAAUUGGAGCCUUUUCUCAAGAAAUUAACUGCAAAUGAAAAUUUUCAUUUUGAGCAGCAACGGGCCGUUAAACUUUUAUUUUCGGCAACCAUCACCAAAAACCCGCUCAAGCUUUCUCAAUUGAGGCUUGAAAACUUGGAGAUUGUAACUCUAAUUCCAGGAGGACAUCUGACCGCAGCGCACAAAAAUGGCGAAGCAAAUUUAGACAAUCCGAAUGGCUCUUUUAUUUCGGCUCAAAAUCAGUCCGCGUGUGUGGCUACGGAAAGCUCUUCAAUAGCAUCUGAGCCUCGAGGCGCUUUUUCUUCCGAACUUUGCGCAUUGGAGUCCGUUCUAAAGUUCCAGACCCCACUGGCUCUGCAGGAACACUUUUCUGUAGUCUUGGCAGAAUACAAACCCAUUUAUUUUCUCUCCUUGCUUCGGCGUAAUUCGACCGCUAAAAUUCUUGUAUUCACAAAGUCGGUUCAAUCCACAGACAGACUUGUUUCUUCCGAUGGUCUUGCUAGAGGAAUUGAUAUUUUCCAGAUCGAUCUGGUCAUCAAUUAUGACACGGCCGCUCAUCCCCGGACGUACAUUCAUCGAGUGGGUCGAACUGCAAGAGCAGGCAAUUCUGGAACUGCCCAUACCCUUCUUGUUCCGCAAGAAGCCCGCUUCUUUAAAGAAAUGAUGAAAAAAAUCCAUAGAUGCGACGGCCAGAAAAUCAAGCAGGUCACCCUAGAAAGGCCCAGUCAAGAACUAAUAUGCGCUUUUCAGACUGCCAUUCAAGCACUUUCCAAAUAA